UGCGCGGGCCGCGACGUCCCCACGGUAACCGGGCCGGGUUCGUGAUGGCGGCGCGCUGAGCGCGGCUCCCCCCCCCCCGCCGCCGCUGCCGCCUCAGCACUCAUGGCUUCCUCGGUGGGCCCCGUGCAGGUGAAGCUGGAGCUGGGCCACCGCGCGACGGCACGGCGCCGGCCCACGCCCGAAGGCUUCACGCACGACUGGUGCGUGUCCGUGCGCGGGCCCGACGGCGCCGCCAUCAACCACUUUGUGGAGAAGGUUGUGUUCCACCUGCACGAGAGCUUCGCCAAACCCAAGCGAGUGUGCCGGGAACCCCCUUACAAGGUGGAAGAAUCGGGCUACGCUGGCUUCAUACUUCCCAUCGAAGUCUACUUCAAGAACAAGGAGGAACCGCGAAAGGUCAAGUUUGACUAUGACCUCUUCCUACACCUGGAGGGGCAGCCACCCGUGAAUCACCUGCGCUGCGAGAAGCUCACGUUCAGCAACCCGCCCAGUGACUUCCGCAGGCGACUGCUCAAGGCUGGCGGGAUGAUGGUGUCACCUGACGGCAUGGCAGUGCUCUCUGCACCUCCCGAGGUGCCGUCAUCCAGCCACCUGGAACACAGGAAGCCUCCCGCCUCGCUGCAUGUCAAGGAUUUCAGCAAGCCGAUCGCUUCCCUGAAACCGCCCAAGCCCUUCAAGGGCCACAAGGAGAAGCCAUCGGAGAGCAAGGAUUACAAAGCGCCAGCCCCCAGCGAUGGCCCCUCCAGGGAAAGCGCCAAGAAGGCGGCAACCGCCAGGCUGCACAAGCCCCGGGACGAGCCGCAGCCGCCACCCCCGGUCACUCCGCUGCCCAAAGCCCCCUCCAAGGAGCCCAAGGCCUUGUCGAAGAGGGACCGGUCGGACGUCAGCGAAGUGGCGGAACCGACGCCCGUCGCCGCGGAGAGCCGCGAGCCAAAGCCGGCGCCAAAGCGCUCGCGCACGACCCUCGACGACAAACUGGACGCGAAGAGAGCGAAGAAGCCGCCCACGGACGUGUCGUCCAGGCAGUGGGCAUCAGUCUCGUCCUCGUCCUCUUCUUCCUCGUCGUCGUCAUCUUCCUCCGCUUCGUCUGCCUCCGCUGUUACUGUCCCAGCUGCUACCGCCUCUGCCUCCGCCGCCGCUGCGGAGAAGGCGGUGCCCAAGGAGAGGCCCUCGAAGGGUGGAGACAUGGAUGGCGUGCGGGCGAAGGGUAAGAUGACGGCGGCGGCACCGGCAGCGCCGGCGGCAGCGCCGGCGGCAGUCCCGGUGGCAGUACCGGCGGCCAUUGCGCCGGUUCCCGCCGAGGAGCGAGCGCGGGACAAGACGUGGCGCAAGAAACACGAGGAUGUGGGCCCGGCCAGCAAACCGCACGGCAAAUCGCACAGCAGGCUCAGAGACAAGACGGCGCCGGCAGACAGGGAGCCGCCCGCGGAGCGGAUAUCCAAGGCCAAGGACAAACUGAAUUCCACUGCCGCCGCCGCCGCCACCACGACCACCGCCGCAGCCAUCUCUGACCGACAGCAACCAGACAGAGGCGUUCCCAAGGACAGAGAUGGCAGGGUGGAGGUGACGCCAAACGCCAAGGCUCAUAGGAAGGCGGACAAGGAGGUGGUGGUGACGGAGAGGAAGGUGGCGCCGCCGGUGGUGGUGCCGCCGGCACUGUCGCCGCCGGGCGACGUGCUGGACCCAGGAGACUCGGACGACGAGCUGUCGCUAGCGACCGACGAAAGGCCUGCGAGCGUAGCCAGUGGCGCGUCCUCCAUAUCGCAUGGAGCUGCUCCUGAACCAGCCCAGUCGGAGCGUUCGUUUCCGGAGCCACUCAGCGUCAGCCCCAGCGAGGACGAACAGGAGCCGCCCUCCGCGCCUAAAAGUUCCAGGUCCAGCGAGCUCAGCGACAGUGAGCACAGCUCAGACGCGUCGCCCGCACCGCCCAUCCUCCGCCACGCCAACAAGGCCUACAUGGAGGAGCUGGUACGGCUGCACCGCAGGCUCAUGAUGCUGCGUGAGAGGAGCACCUUGCAGCAGGUGGUGAAUCUCAUCGAAGAGACGGGACACUUCCAGGUGACGAGCACCACCUUCGACUUCGACCUCUUCUCCCUCGACCAGGCCAUCGUGCGCAAGCUGCAGAGCUACUUGGGUCCCACCGAGGCCGUGUGACCCUCGACCCCCCCCCUCAUUACCCCAGCCCCCCACUCUGACCCCUCCCGCUCCCUCGCCCGCGUGAGGCCGCCCCGAGAGGUCACCGUUGCCUCUGUUCCACUGGGCAACCGAGCCAGCCCUGUCCGUGGCUCACGAGGCACCAGGUCAUUUUUCCACUGCAGAAUCCGAGCCGCGCAUCUUGCGUCGCGUACAAGACAUGCUUUGUAAAUGACGCCGUGACCUCGCAGCGUGUACCAGCUCACGCAACGCUGAACCUGGCCCCGCUUGGCCACCCCCCCGAGCCUGAUCCAGAUGUCCUAAGGCUAGCGUAUCGCAGUUCGCUCAUGGCUCGGUGCGCCAAAUUGCUGGUGGAAACCCUUCCCGUGCCGUGAGGGCCCCCCCCCCCCCGCGCGCUGGCUCGGCUCGGAUGUGCCGCUGGAAAUUGGGGUACAAAUUACCACUCUUGGUUCCAGUUUUUGAAACGAAUACAAUUCUGCCUUUGGCUCUUGGGGUCUCAAACGGUGCGCGCAGGCGGUUUAAUAGAACACUUGCAAUGCUGGCGGGAGUUACUUCGUCGAAGCUGCUGCCACCAGAUGGCAGCAUGGGAGAGAGAGCGAGCGUUAGGAUGUUAAGAAUGCUACGAAUAAGCAAGGAUGGAGCUGUGCACACGAUACACUUCCACCGAUGACCAAAUCGAUGUCGGGUUGAGCCUGGACCAUCGUGCUUGGACGGGUGACCAUCAUGCACAACGGUCAGCAAGGGCAGUGCGGCAAAAUGCGUCGAACUGUACUUUCGUGCUCUCGCCUCUACGCGCCGCCCGCCUUCUGAAAACGACGCUGGAUCAGCGUCGUGAAGUAUGACCAAAUUGCCCCCAAGAUCCGCACAAUAACCGGCUGUUACACGCUGCUUCUCAUGCUACCAUCUGGUAGCAGAAGCUCUGGUGAAGUGACUUCUGCUAGCAGUAUGUUGGUAAUCGUGUGGAUUUUUCCCUACAGAUUUGCCAACGUGAGUUUAGAAUAUUUGGCUGCUAUAAAUUCCCACGUGAUGACAAGCCACUUGGUUGAGCUAUAAUUUGUGGCCAGGUCGCUUCUGAACAAUAGCUACACAGCUCAGUGGGUCUUGCCUGGUAACAUAAUAAAUUGUUUUGGUGAGUUCAUAGCGGUCGCCUUCCAAAUUGCCGCCUCGCCCGCAACGCGUCACCUGCGUGCGGGACAAGGUGAGGCGAAGAGUUUAAUUUGCCAUGUUGGCAGAAGCUCCGGUGAAGUAACUACCGCCAGCAUUGCAAUGUUCACAGCGAUCGCCCCCCCCUCCGUUUUUCCAGUCAACCGGGUCGCCUGCAACGCGUCACCUCCGUGCGGACAAGGUGAUGGGGUCAAAAGUUGUUUUUUUAUUUCCUCUUCAAAACCGGAGCCGGGCGGUGAGAUGAUCCCCUACGGGCUCGGGAGCUCUUAUUUAUUUAGUUUCGUUUUUUUUUUGUCAACGAUGUUUGUAGCCGUGUGCGUGCGUGCGUGCGGUUUGCACAGCCCGUGUCUGCAUGCGGGGGCGAGGGGGGCGACAUGUUCGUCAGCUAUACCCUCGAUCCCCCCCCCCACCUACUCCACCCACCCCCCCCCCCGGGUAAAAGUUAAGCGGGCCGCAUUUAUUUUCUGACGCGCGUGUCGAGCGGUGGGGUUCUUUUGAUUUCAGCUGUAGCCGUGUUGUGUUUUCGCCGUUCAAAGAGAAAACUGAAUCGUGUAGACUUAUUUAAAGGGCUCUGUGCCAACGCUGCGGGCACGUGUUCCGAAAGGCACCCCCCCCCCCCACCAUCCCCCCCGCGCUGCCCUUGCCGCGGGGGGUACCGGCGAACGCCCGGUGAGUGGAGCACUGCACGCGCGCCCUUGUCCUGUGCAAUACGGAGCAGACCUGUGUGCGAGACGGAGAGAGGCACGCCGCCAGCCCCUUCCAAAUCGAGCCCCAGAAACGAAUCGCCGUCGCCCGUCCGCGUCUCCCGCAAAGUGCCCGAGUUGACACUUUCGGGCUGCGAACGAGGCUGCAGCGCAUUUGCUUUUCCACGUUUUUUUGUUGUCUUCUCUUGGUUCGUUCUUUUUACAACGUCUCAAAGUGAAACUUGUGUCACAGCUGAGAGUUACUAAUGUUUGGUGUCGCGUAUACAGGUAUCAUUUCUGGGUUCAACGCUGUGUGCACGGGAGAAACCCUGGCAACCCUCCUCGUGUUACGCCCUUACUGCAGACAAUUAGGUGACUGGCUCAUGUGAAUUACUUUUAAUUUAACUAUGACAAAUGGAAACACUGCUCCACGCGUACCACGACAAAAUAAGAAGAAAAUCUCCAUUAACAAAUAGCCAAUGGGCGGUGCGUCGUCUCCAUUGGCUGCCGUGAAUCCAUGCCGCAACAAAGUCCACGUUCCUUUCACAAGGACCAGUCUCAAUUUUGGCUAUGAUGGAAUUACAAUAGGGGCAUCCCACUGUGUUAUGAUGCUCAUAGGACUGACAUCUAAUGACGUCUUCUUCAUCUUACUCAUUAAGAAUGUUUAAUAAUCACGCACACUUACCUACUCAUCUGCUGUGAUAAGCCGGGGAGAAUGUUUAAUAAUCACGCACACUUACCUACUAAUAUCUGCUGUAAUAAGUCGGGGGUCGAGUGGUGGUGCCGGGGGUCGAGUGGUGCUGCCGUGGCUCGCGUGCUACGCGAUGGACCUGGCUACCUGCCACGGCUCUCAUCAGUGGCAUGUGACAUUCUGGACCCCCACGACACAUUCGUCAAUAACACUGUGGCCUUAAAAUAAAAUUAAAAAAUAUAUAAAACUGCCAACGUUUCGGUAACGAGACGUGGCAGUGUUGAAAUAUGUAAAAAUGUUAACUAUUUUAAUUUUUCUUCUUGGUUCUUUCGGUAAAGUCACCUAUAAGGGAAGUCAUAAAAUAAUAAAAAUAAAACAGUAAAAUAAUUCUCACGACGUUUCGGCCACAACGCAAGCAGCCAUGUGAGGCCCACUUUUUCAGAAGCGACCUCGCCACAAACGAAGUGGCUUAUGUACAAAUUUGGAGCAGCCAAAUGCUCUUCAGCGCGUGUUUCUAAAUGUGGAGGGGGAAACCCGGAGGACAAAUCCACCCGACCACGGGGAGAACAUGCAAACUCUUAAAUAUACACGAGGCGUCAAACUCGCAUGACAUCAGGGCAAAGGAGUUAACAUCUCGCCACUGCGGCCAGUCGCAGUGUUGUUGACGAGCGCGUCGAGAGGAUGUGUUGGUUGUGCUUGUGCGCCACUGCGUGGGUAUACAAACCCCACGGACAGACACCAUGUGAGGCUUCACCCAGCGGUGGACAAAGAACUCAACGUUUUACGAUUAAGGAACACUUCACCGGACCGCGUGAUAAAAAAAAUUUGCAAUAAAAGUUUUGUUGCAUUAAACAAGCCGGUCUCACAGCGGGGAAAACCGGGGUAAAGGUUUAUUAUAGCCUCAAGGUAUGUCUGAACAACUCUGAACUUAGUUUAAACGAGCUCAAAUUAUUCCGAAAUUAUUAUUAUCAUUGCGGAUUAUGCCCGAAACGAAGAGCGUCACGAGGUACGCACAACUUGUAAAACGAACGCAAAUCCGGGGACAGGUCUGGCCCAUAAUGCAGUGGAGUUGCCCCAGCACCGUUCAUCCCGGUUGGCUACCCACAGUGCGAAAUAAGUUUCGGCGGACGUGUGCGCCCUUCCAUCCAUCACCAGCACGGUGACACGUUGACAAUGAAGGGGAGCACGAGAGGAAAACGUUGCGUUUCGUCCGGGUUGGCCGGAAAACGCGCGCGGGCGCUGCCGUGUUUGCGCGCGCCUGGCACGCGUCUCGCUGUUAGUGCCACACUUGACUUCCAGAGCGAAGUUGCAUUAUUUAUAUCCCCCCCUCCCUCCCUCCCCCUGCCACUUACGGCUGUCAAGCAAAGAGAAUUUUGCAAAUAGAUUGCCGCGAUGAAUCAACGUGGUAUUGUAACGUCUCAGCGGUUUUGCUUUUAUUCCCACCCCUCUUUAAUUUGAUGCGCCCUUUGGCAACGCGGCAGGAGGUAAAUCUCUUCAUUACUUUAUUCCAUUUCACCUGUGCGUGGGUGCUACCGCUGUUCGCUGUACAUUUUUUUUUAAUAUCCCCUAAGAGGACGUACAGUAGAUGUGCAUGCGCCCAGGUGUUUUGCCGUCAAUGCCACCAUCAGUGUCGUGGCAAAAAAAAAAUAGUGAUUCCGUGUGCCAUGACUCCUGCUAGGUACGUCUGCGCGUCCCUGUCACGAUGGCACUUUAUUUAACACCGGUUUUGCGUCUCUCCCUUAACCCCACGAUGUCCAUCACUGCCAUCACCGCCGCCAUCACAUCAUCGUCGCUGCCACCACCACCACCACCACCACCUCUCCUCCUCAGCCAAGACGCACGGUCUCUGCAGAGCAUUCCAAUCGUGUCCGUGCCGAUCGGUCCAUUUAAAACGCCGGUCAAUUUCAGUUCUCGAUUUGAUCGUGUGAAAUACGGAAAAGUUUAAAAUAAUGUAAAAGUGCAAUUCUUUGACAAUCCUUUGCGGUCGUUAUUCCUACAGUUGUACAACCAUUCGAUUUAAUUUUUUAAACAAAGUAUAUCUAUAUACACUGUAAUGUAUGUAUGGAACAUGCAGCGUCGUGUUGUUUAUAAAUGGUGGUAUCACAGCA